AUGGACGCGGAUGCCGAAGCGUACGAUGAAAUAAGUAAGCCACAAAUAAAGUCUGGAUGUGAAUUUGUCAGUAGUGAAUUAAACCUCUCCCCAGGAGAUAAAGUGCUAGACAUGGGUUGCGGUACAGGUCAAGUCACUAAAUAUGUCGCUGAUAUCGUUGGCUCUGAUGGUGAGGUGGUGGGAAUCGAUCCCGAUGCUGCGAGAAUCAAAAUUGCUGACGAUAAAUAUAAAGAAGUGAGUCACCUUCAGUUCCAUGUUGGUUCCAGUGUCAUUGGAUUUCCACACGAUAAUGAGCCGUAUUACGACGCACACCUUAGCACAACAGCAUUCCACUGGUUUCCACACGACCAGAAAAAGCUGUACAUACAAAAAGCAUAUCAAUCCAUGAAACCUGGAGGAAAAUUGGCCAUUAUGUGUUCGGAUAAAGUCGGCCCCGACAGAUCUGACCAGCAUGAGAUUGUGGACUUGCAUCCUUUAUCUCGAGAUGAGAUGCGACAGCUGUUUGAAGAAGUAGGUUUAUUCGCUAAUGUUGUGGUCAAGCAAGUCGUUUACUCGGCUCAUUUUGAGACGAAUGAAAAAUUUAAGCGUUGGGUUAAAGCUUCGUCACAUCACGACCUGGACGAAUUAGAUCCAGCCUUUGUGAAAGCGGUCAUGGCUGAUUUAGUUACUUUUCACGACGACGGGAGCGUUACAUCCAAAACACCGUAUAUAUCUAUCACAGCAAGUAAAGAAUGA